UUAUUUUUUAUCAGUAAUGUUUAACAAAAACAACUAACUAUACCAUUUUCAACGAAAAAGUAAACAUAAUUGAAAAAUAUUACACGAGAAAAGGACGAUUUAUAUUGCAAUUGAAAACAAAAAUACAUCAAAAUCCACCUACAAUCCUGCAUUCGUUCGACUGGAAAACUUUGCAAACUCUAACAAAAAAUGUUAUUGUAAAAAGUGUUUGCAUUUCUUUUGUUGUCUGUCGUUAGACGAGAAAAAAACUACGCAAAUUAAAAUACAAAACGUACGAAGCUAAUUCUGUGCACUUACUUUUUGGGGGGCUCAGCACCACCUUUGUGUCUAUUGAUUUGGUCAACAACACUCUUCCCAGAUUUGUUCAGUAAUAAGCAAGCAUGGUGGAGCCUAUUUUCGAUUAUCAAUUUCGUUUGAUAUUAAUUGGAGAUUCUACUGUGGGCAAAAGUUCGCUGUUGAAAUUUUUCACAGAUGGAAAAUUUGCAGAGCUUUCCGAUCCAACAGUUGGUGUGGACUUUUUUGCCCGUCUCAUCGAAAUGAAAGAUGGUACCCAGAUCAAACUGCAACUUUGGGAUACGGCUGGUCAGGAACGUUUUCGCUCUAUAACCAAAUCCUAUUAUCGUAAUUCAGUUGGCGUUUUGCUUGUCUACGAUAUAUCAAAUCAUGCCAGUUUUGAACAUAUACCAUUAUGGAUGAUGGAGGCCCAACGACAUAUCGAACCACAUCGUCCCGUAUUUGCAUUGGUUGGCUGUAAAUUGGAUCUGGUGAAUGCUGGCGGCCAACGUGAAGUGUCGUUCGAGGAGGCACAAGCAUUUGCCAAACAACACGGUUUGCAUUUCGUCGAGACAUCGGCCCGAACAGGUUUGAAUGUCGAAGAAGCAUUUCGUAUGGUUACCCAAGAAGUCUAUGCCCGCAUACGUUCCGGCGAAUAUAAGGUAGAAGAUGGUUGGGAUGGCAUCAAAACCGGUUUUGCCCGACCAAAUAGUCAUGAUUUCAAUUUGGUUGUAGCCGAGGCUGAAAAAUCCUCUUGUUGUUGAUUUGUUAAUUGUUUUUCAUUUUGGAAAAAUUUAAAUUUUUAAUUAAGAGCGUAAAAAAGAGAAACAACAAAAAAGUAAACUACUAACAACAACUUUCUAUAUGUAACCCCCUUAAUUAAGAUAAGUUUUAUGUACUAUAUAUUUUUUUCUUUGGUAGUAAUUAAUAUGUUUUUGAUUUUUGUUCUGAAUAUCUAACCAGUUUCAUUUGUUACCAAUGACUUUGAUUUCUUUGUUAAAUACUAUGAUCUUUGCAAUCAUAUUAAUUGGCCAUUCUAAAGAGUAAAAUUCGAUACAAUUAUUAAACACAAACUACAACAAAAUCGAAAAAGUCAACAUUAUUUUAUAAUUUCAACUAGUUCUUGUUAAAAUUACAUUAGUUAUACAAUAAGUAUAUCAAAAUAAUAUUUUAAAUUCUUUAAUUAGUUUUAUUUUGUUUAGUUUUAUCAUUUUAUUUAGUCAACGACAGUGAAAGAAUUAUGUUUUAUUAUUAUAUAUGUAUUUAAAGGUCAAAAUAAAAAAAAAGAAAAAUACCAAUGAUUAUGAUUAUCUCUAAUCCUAAUGAAGAAACAUUUUUUUAAAAAUAUACGCAUAUGAAUAUUUCACUUUUAAAUUUAA